AGCUAUAUACAGCCAUUAUGGGAAAAAGUCAGUCACAAACAUGAAACAUAGCGGGUCGUUCUGAAUAAAUGUUUUCCGCCAACCCACGAUGCCUAAAAUGCUUUUCUCGAAGAUUCGGAUCUAUGAGUUAAAGGACCUCAUUCGGAACAAGAAACAGCCGAAAAAACUGGACAUUCUGUUGAGCAGGAAAGAACAGAAAAACAAUGUCCGAUGUGUUUUGAUUAAAAAAAACACAGAAGACUGUCAUUAUCAACAAGACCAAGGGCCAAAGCUAUCUGAUCUGCUAGAAAAUAGAGACUACCUGGACGCCUUUCGUUCAUUUCUCCAGUCUGAGUUUAGUGCGGAGAACAUCGAAUUUUGGCUUGCCUGCAGGGAAUAUAAGCAGAUGACUUCAUCUGGCGAACUCUCUAACAAAGCAGAAGAUAUCUACAAAGAGUUUCUCCAUCCCAUGGCUCCAAAAGAGGUCAAUGUUGACCAUCACACCCGUGAGAAGAUCAAGAGAUCUUUGGUGAAGCCUGACCUCACUUGUUUUGAUGAAGCCGAGAUGCAUAUAUACAGAUUGAUGGAGAAAGACUCCUGCCCAAGGUUCCUCAAAUCUGAGGCCUAUCAGAACCUGAGGAACGCAGCCAGGAACCCAGUGUAGACCAGCCAGUGACUACUAAUUCACUGGAAAAAUGUCUCUUAAUGAGCCACCGCAAAGAAAGAGGACAUAUGCACGUGGUUUGGAGGAAAUGACAGAGGAGAACAGAAAGUAUGUGGUGUGCAGAAGCUCAGCUUCAUUGGUUUGAGUGAUAAAAUGAAUGAGAAAUGAGAAAAAUAAAGGUGUCAAUGUUA